AUGAUGCUGUGGAAACGCUUCAUGGAGACCCGUAUGGUGGCCGCGUCCUCCCCAACCGCCGCCGCCCGCACCAAGAGUGCGGCCACCUACACCGAGAGUGCCGCCGCAUCCGCAUUGAGCGCAUCCGCAUACGCUGAGAGGGCAUCUGCGGCAGCUGAGACGGCUGCGGUUGCUGCUGCGAUGGCGGCUGCAAACGCUGAGAGUGCUCGAGCUGCCGUCUGUGCCACCAAUCUCGCCAUAGCACGGGUCGAGGCCAUCCACACCAAGAUCGAGUACGCACACGCCAAGAUAUUCCAGACCACCUCGGAAUCCAGCAUUCAACCCACGUUCGAAAAGGCAGCGGUGGCCAUGGGGCACCUGCUUCCUCAUGAGAUCGCCGAGCGGGAGCUAGAGAUGCAUGAGGCGGCGGAUAUCGAGGAGCGUCGGGAGAAGGAGUUGCGCGUGGCUGAGGUCGAGGUAGAGAAGAGUCUGUCCGUCGAGGAAUCGGCGCUGGAGUAA